UUGUUAGAAAAACAAUACAGACAUUCAAACAGACAGAUCGUAACCAAUCAUUGAUUUAUUGAUUCAUCUUUGACUGGACAUCAAACUGAAGACAUCGCAACAAUAUUGCCGUAUAGGAGAAGUAUGGACUUCAAAGAACACUAUACGGACAGCAGUUCAAGUGUGGCCAACGCUGUCCGCAUACAGGAUCUGAAACUGCUUAGGAAAUUGAUCCGCGACGGCAAGUGUGUCGAUGUCAUGGAUAAUAGAGGUUGGCGUCCACUUCAUCAGGCGGCUAUCUGUAAGAACGUCAACAGCCAUCAAUUGGUCGAUGAACUGCUCAAACACGAAGACACGGAUCCCGAUUGGCGGUCACACGAAGGCGAGACAGCGCUACUGUUGGCCUGUCGUCAUAAUAUCGGUCCGGAAGGACUCAAAGUCAUCGAAACAUUGUUGAAGCAUAAGUCAAAUCCGAAUAUUGCCGACAACGAAGAAGAAACACCGCUGUUGGCGGCCACCCGAUCGGGACAGUCGGCUGCUGUACAGUUGCUGGUCAAACACGAAAGGGUCGACAAGAAUCAAGCCGAUUGUGGCGGUUGGUCACCGCUACACGAGUCGGCCACACGUGGAGAUCUUGUAAUGACACAAACACUCAUCACAUUUGGCGCCAAAUUGGAGUCCAAGGAUGAGUGCGGAAUGACACCGAUAUUCACUGCCGCACAACACGGAAGAUUGGAUUGUUUGAAAAUAUUGGUCACCGAAGCCGUUGCUAAACAACAAAAGUAUUUGCUGGACGAAGGGGCCAAUGAUGGCGCUUCUCCGGUCAUGAUUGCCGCCCAACAAGGAUUCACUGACUGUAUUGAAUUACUACUGAAAUCUGGUGCUAAUCCUAACAGUUACGCAAAAGACGGCGUCAAUGCUAUUCAUUUGGCCGCUGAAUGCGGUCAUCACAAGACACUGGAACUGUUAUUAAAGAAAUUAAACACCAAAGAUAUGGAAAGUCAACUGAAACCCGAAUCGCCUGAACUUCGACUCCGAAAUCCUUUGCAUUUAGCCAUCAGUAGUGAUCGGCAAAAGUGUCUGAAAGUGAUGUUGAAAUCGGGUUUCGAUAUAAACUCUGUGGACUUGUUAUUUGAGCAGAAAUUUUCGCUGGCAAUGCCAUCACCCAAAUACAUAACACCGCUAUCGUUGGCCGUUACGCUCAAUAACUGGGACGCCGUCCGAUUGCUACUGCGGUACGGUGCCGAUGUAAACACUGACCAUCCAAAUGUUUACGCACCCGUUCACUGUGUAUUUUCGGUAAUAGACAACGAGUUCGAAAGGGGAGCCGACGACAAUCUAAACAUACUGGAACUGUUGUGCCGACGCGGCGCUCACAUUAACUAUUGUCGAUCGGCUACCGAACCCAAUGAACUACUGCACGCCCUGUUUGCGCCGUCAUCGCUACAGGUGCUGCUCCGGUACGGUCUGGAUUUGCGUAGCUGUUUUAAGGAAGGCUAUAUCGGCCGCUUUCUCAGUAUGUCAUUCCAUUUGGUAACACUCCACUGGUAUCACAAUGUACUGCCAGUGGUCAGUCAUCUGGUUGAACGCAAUGCCAUUGUCAGGGACCAUAUGUCGGCACUGGCGCAUCAUAUAGAGUCCAUCUAUAAGAUGCGUUUCGGUAUCGAUGAAUACAAUCCAAGUGUUUGGAAAUCCAUAUUUGAUUUGUUUGAAAGACCGCAUACUUUAAAAGAAUGUGCCCGUUUUGCUAUACGUCGUCAAGUGUACGCCAAGUGUCGGUCCAAUGGACAGUUGUUUCCCGAAAUGAUCGACUCGCUGGAUGUGCCGGAAAUAAUGCACGAAUACCUAUUGUUUAAGGAGUUCGCUAUUAGGCCGGUUCUAGUCUAA